AUGGACUUCAUAGAGAGAUUGCCAACAUUGAAUGCAAUCAAUGUCAUAUUAGUGGUCAUCGAUAGAUUGAGUAAAUUUGCUCAUGUUAUUGGCCUUAAACAUCCUUUCACAUCUGUUAAUGUUGCUAAGAGCUUCGUGCAGGAGAUAGUUAAGCUACAUUGGGAUCCUCCUCCAUUACAUCGUUUUGAGGCAGGUUAUACUACUAACUUCGAGCUGCAAAAUUCGUUACAAGAAAGAAAUAUGAUGCUUGUUCAGCUGAAACAUAAUCUCAGCCGUGCUCAAGAUAUCAUGAAGAAUCAGGCUGAUAAGUCUCGAGGUGAUGUUGAAUUGGAGGUGGGCUCAAUGGUUUAUCUGAAACUAAGACUUUAUCGUCAGAAGUCUGUGGAGAAGCAUUUAUUUCAGAAGUUGGCAGCCAAGGUUUUUGGACCAUAUAAAGUGUUGGAGAAUAUUGAAAAAUCGGCUUAUAGGUUAGAGCUUCCUCCUGAGCCGCAUAUCCAUCAUGUGUUUCACAUUUCGCAAAUUAAGCAAGCUUUGGGUCAUCAUGAUCAAUGUAUUGAGUUACCUCCGGUGUGUUUAGGAGAUGCAUUAUUGGAUUUUGAACCAGAAGAAGUGUUGGAUAAGUGCUACUCAGCGAUUGUGGAUUUAGAAUUGUUGGUGAAGUGGACUCAGAACGAUGAGUUGGAGACUUCUUGGUUGUUAUAUCGCGAGUUUGUGGAAUGA